GUGGAAGGUUGUGAAAUGUGCCGUCCACAGUUCUAAAAGUUUUAGGUUAUGUAUGCGUAAAGGAUAGGCGCUUCGCGUUUAGGAUUAUGGCCACCUGCCAGGCAUGCGCCCAACAAACGUGAAUAGCAUUGGUCCUCAGUUCGGAAACUGAGUUAGCUUACGAAACCUCACAUCUUGUGAAGAUGUGUGUAUGGGGCCAGCCAGACUGCAAGAAAUGUGAGUUCUGCUGAGCAUAUUAGGAGAAGCAGCAACUGUGGCAUCAAUGUCAGCACAUAACUGACAAAGAUGGGGAAGAAGAACAGAUCCAAUGCCAAAACUGAGAAACCGAAGAAGUCCUUUCAAGAUCAGCUCAAGAUUGGAGAUUUAGUGAAGGAACUUCUGUCAAAAUCUUCUCAAGUAGGCCCAAUGAACAAAUCAGAAGAAUGGGAAAAUUAUCUGGGCAUCUAUGAUAUUUUGCAGCAAUUGAUAGCGCUGCAGAAAUCGCCGCCACCGUCGGCCGGAACAGCCGGCCGUGCGGAGCGGCUGGCCUGUCUGCACACCUGGCUGCUGGAGAACGGCGGCAUCGUACACGGCCUGACGCCGGCCGUGUACGCCGGCCUGGGCUGCGGCCUGACGUGCGUCCGCCCGCUGGCCGAGGGCGAGCCGGUCAUCGAGGUGCCGCGCGCGCUCAUGAUGACCCUGGAGACGGCGCGCGCCUCCCGGCUCGGAGGCCUGCUGGCCACGGACAAGCUGACGCAGGCGCUGCCCCAGCUGGGCCUGACUCUGCACCUGCUGGAGCAGUCGCUGACCGAGGACAGCCGCUGGGCGCCGUAUGUGGCCUCGCUGCCGGACACGUACGACACCGUGCUCUACUUCACACCCGACGAGAUCCAGCUGCUCAAGGGCUCGCCCUGCUUCGAGGAGGCUGUGAAGCAGUGUCGAAACAUCGCCCGACAGUACGCCUACUACCAUGGAUUCUUGCAUCACUGCCCCGAAGCUCGGACGCUGGCGCUGCGGGACAACUUCACCUACGAGCGGUACAGGUAG